CUGAGGACGAUAACACAUGCUGAAUACUUUACAUGUAUUUUGUUUAUAAAGCGGAGAAACUGUGUCAUUUAAAUUUGCAAUCUGUUUGACGUUGUUUUUAAUUGUAACUUUUGGAAAAUAUUGUGCUGAAUUUCAUUGUAUUUCUGAUGUGUCCAUUUGGAACGUAUGUUUUUGGAAUUGACCCAAAAAAUUGAAUAAAGUAAAGAAUCGGACUGAGUCAACUUUUAAUUCUGUUUGAAAACGGAUCAAAGUUGAUGGAAAAACAGAUGUUUGAAAACAGAAAACAAGAGCACAGAAACACUUUUGGUCUUUCAUUCAGUGAUUAGAUGUAUAAAUGUAAAUAUAUUUAUGAUACAAGCAGAUGAAUUUAUCAAGACCUUUCAAGUACAGCUUCUGAAUAUAUAUAAACUGCUAAGCUGUGGAUAUCGGUGACAUUUUAAGAGCUACUUAAAUUGGUAAUUUUAACAAUAUAGUGUCUAUGAAUAGAAAAGCACCAUAUAAGGAAAAUAAUAAAAAUCUUAGAUUCUUCUAAAUCUGUCUUAAUAUUAGCUGCAGUAGAUUACACUUAAAAGAAAUUGUAGGCGGCUGGAACUAAAUAGAAGCAGUGGAAAUUAAAGUCUAAGAAUUUGAAGUCAGCGGUUUAGAUGUAUUUAAAACGACUGGUUCUGCAACCAGAUUUAAGGGUGUGGCAGGAGUAAAUGGUGGUGGCUGGACAGAAUUGUGUAACAACUAUCCCUAAGUGAUAUUCUUAAUAAUUCUUUACAGCGGAUUUUGUUUCCAAGAAUUACAUACAAACUGGUUUGGGAAUACAAUGUAUAUGGAGAAAAUCACAACUGAUUAAGCAAUGUGGAUUUCAAUGUAGGAGUUAUAUAUUGAAAAAUUGUUUGGUUUAAAUUCUUGAAAAAUUGUGUGUGGAUUAUACAGGUUUCUGAGUUGUGUGAUAGUGAAUGUAGAUGUAUACACUAAGUUGGCCAGACUGAUGGUCCCGAUGAGAAGUGAUGUAACAAUGAGCGGGAUGCUGCUCUUCCUGUUGUUCAUGAACUGGUUUGGUAACAGUUUAUCGGCGAUACACCAAACAAGAAGAUGGCGUCUUGCAGACAUGCCAUGUAAAGUGAGCUCACAAUUCAAUCCCGAUCUUGCCUCCGCCUUUCUUGAGAAAGAACUUUCAUCCUCUGGUUGUGUGACAAAUGCCACAUCUAGGAAAAAUGGUGCAGAAGUACAUGUUAUACACUACCAGGGAAACAAGAAACAGAAUGUUGAACUACUCUUGAAUGACUAUGAGAAGAAAGGUUUUGAUGAACCAUUUGUUAUAAUCUUGUCUUCAAAUGUCACAGUAUAUUGGCAAGUACGUCUUCGACAGAACCCAAAGCACUUAGGAAAACACUCAUUUGUGGUAACAAAAGGAUCAGGAUUACGAUUUGCUUACAAACAUUUGACUUCACGACCAUCUAUUUCAAAGCCUAAACAUCUUCCUUAUGAAACAGAGGACCUUUUAAACUGGGUAACCAAGAGGUACUCUGCAGUAACAUCCUUCACCUCUGUACCAGGCGGCAACCACUUAUCACUCACUGUAGGCAGAGCUCAGCACUCAUCAUCAGCAUCAUCAUUGGUAUUACCAUCAUCAUGUUCAUUGACCAGUGGCGAGCACGAAGAAUCCAAUGUGAAGGCUGUUUCCAUGGUUACAGAGCCAGUAGAAGGCUGCCUCAUGCAGGACAGAUACACAGGACCUAUCUACAAGGUUGCAUAUGUCAUUGAGCUUAAACAUGUACCUGAUGUUGAAAAGUUUGAAGUUCAUCUUGAUCUGCGAGGUCACUCUGGACAACAUGUGGAGAGGGAGACAAAGCUUGUUCUGAAAGCUCCGAGUCAAGUCACGUGGCGAGUUUACACAAAGAAGAUUCAAGGAUUAAUUCAUAUUGUGGUACGUUAUUUUGGUGUUUGAUGCAAGUUUAACAUUGAUUUUUCAACAGUAUUUUUCGUAAUGCUAAAACUGGCUGUUCAAUGUAUUCAGUCUAAAAAAGUAACUGACAUCUUUCCCAACUAAAGAGGUGGAUGAUAUAUGGAUUCAGACAUAAUAUGUAGUCUUCUAUCUGUCAGAAAUUAAAAGUUGUUAAGCUUAAUACAUUUUUGUAGGCAUACAUAAAAAAGAACCAUAGUACCUUGACAUAUACAGGCAUCAGGCAUUUACAGGCACCUUGUCAUAUCCAAGUGACUUACCAUAAACAGGCUCCUUAGCAUAUCACAGACACCUUGGCCAGUACAGGCACCUUUACAUAUCAGAGGCACUUUUACCUAGAAAAGCACCUUGGCAUAUAGAAGCACUGCUGGCACCUUGGCCUAUACAGUCACCUUGGCAUAUCCAAGCAGCUUGGCAUAUUAUACAAGAACCUUAGCACACAUAAGAACCACCAGUAUAAUAUAUUAUACUGGAACCUUGGCCUAUACAGGCACCUUGGCAUGUAGAGAAACCUUGGCCUAAACAGGCAAAUUAGCAUAUAUGGGAACUUGGUCAUAUACAGGUACCUUGGUAUACACAGGAACCUUGGUAUAUUCAAGCAGCUUGGCAUAUACAAGAACCUUGGCAUAUACAGAAACCUUGGCCUGUACAGGCACCUUAGCAUGUGCAGGAACUUUGACAUAUACAGGCAUGUUGGCAUAUUUAUGUACCUUGGCAUAUUCAGGAUUCUUGGCAUAUACAAGCACCUUGACAUAUACAGGCACCUUUGCAUAAACAGGCUCCUUGGCAUAUACAGGAACUUUGGCAUAUACAGGCAUGUUGGAAUAUGCAGGAACCUUGGUUAAUACAGGAACUUUGGCGUAUAUAGGUGCAUUGGCAUAAACAGGAACUUUGACUAAUACAAGCACCUUGACAUAUA